UUUCUUUUUUUUUUUUUUGCAGCUUUGUUUGUCAUUAAUUCUAUGUUAAAAACAAACACGGACGGCGAUUUUCAAACAAACUAGACUUUGUCAAGCCUCACCAAACUUCAAAAGCGCCGACGUCCUGUCGACUGGCUCAGAGUGGGCCAAUUUUGAGUCUAGUGUCAAUAGUGAUAGAUCUGUAAAAUUACUUUUAACGGAAACAUCGACUAAAUUGUUGAAAAGAAGGUGUUGAUUUCGUAUGUGAUGAACACUUUGCGAUAAGCAAACGAUUUGCUGAUUUAAUUUUUAAGUGGCGAAUCUUUUGCUGAAAUGAAAAUUUGGCGGAGACAAGAUUGGUCGUGAUUUUUGGUAGAGCCGGAACAAUUACUUCAGCCUGGUACGGAUUGGUGCUUAGUCAAAUACGUUUAUUACUCACCUUGUUUGAUUAGAAAAGAUAUUACUGUCAUUUUGUUUACAAACCCGGAGGAUUAAGCCAAGUCAGUAUGUAAUUAAAAAAAUUAUCAGUACUAUGAAGCGUACACGGAGAGUUUCCAACUGACACUUCACCCUCCAAAAUUGCUCGUACUGAUAAAAGACACUUUUGGCACCCAUGAUAAAACGAAUGUAGAAGGCGGAUAUUUCUGAUUAUCGGUACAUAUUCAAAUACAGCAGGUGCCCCUUAGCUGAAUCAAUAGAGUGUAAUUAAACGCGUUAAAGCAACUUUUCGUUGAAGCCAUUAAAUUACCGUAAAUUAUUUGUACGUGCCAGCUGCUGCAAGUGGUUUUGGACUAAUCACCCUUGCAGUUUGGUGGGCGACGCACACUUAUACGGAACAACAUUUUGGCAAGUCAUUUCAUUUGUGAGGUAAAACUGAUUUACUCACGUACAGUACCGAAACCAAUAGAGUGCGAAUAGCUGUAACGUAAUUCGUUUGUAGUUGUUAACUGCUGUAAUUUGUGAAGGAUUAGCCACACAAUAGCAGUUUUAGUAUAGACGAGCAACGCGCGUACGGAAGGAAGAAAACUUCGCUUUAUUUCUUGGGAGUACAGCAGUGUUUCGGCACAACUGAAGGUAGCUAAAACAGGAUUUGCAUUAAAAACUUGUUUUAACAGAGUGCUUUAGCUGCUAAGCCACUGAAACAGGUAUUCUAUAUAGAAACGAAACUAAAUUGUCAUUCCAUGUAACACUGAGUGACACAUUUUCGAAAUUGUGGCCAAUACUGAAAUCUUCCGCUUUCAUGUCGGUUUUUGUCAACUGAGAGAUGUUCUGUCAAAGAAACCUUAAACUUCACAAAAAUGUCAAUAAGGCCAAUGUAAACCUUACGUCGUACAAAUAUCAUUAACACCAGCUAUCUCUUUUAUUAAUGAAACAGGAUUUGCCUCAAGCCGCCAGUCAUGACACAAUAUCUGCUGUUUCUGCUGUUGUUUUCGCUAUCUGGCGUCGAUUCCAGCGUCGACCCAAACUUCCAAAGCUACGCGUCAUGUAAUAGCAUUUGUCGAUGUUCGAGGGGCGAACUAGGAAAGAUUUUGGUGAAGUGCAGCUUCGAUGGAAAAAAUGUGACUGAAGAAAGUCUUCAUCUACCACCUGAUGUGUACAGCUUAGACUUAUCCAACAACAACUUGUCGUAUGUAACCGCAUCUCUCAUCGGAAAAUACCGAAACAUCACAAACUUAACAUUAGAUGGAAACAGCUUAUGCAAUCUAACAUCAGAGGGACUGUUGACAGACUUUUCCCUUCUGCAAUAUUUAUCACUUCAAAGGAACUCCAUCAGAGAUGUGGACAGCAAAUUCUUUAGAGGACUAAGUCGGUUGAAAUACUUAAAUCUGAGCCUGAACAAUAUAAAGAGUUGGACCGGGAACCAGUCACAAGGCACCCAUGAACUUGAAUACUUGGACAUCACUGGAACAAUCGACUGGGUCCCGGAUGAAAACAUCCUAGCCCUUCCAAGGCUCAAAGAACUCAGGGGGGUCACCUGGUGUAAAUUUUGCCCAAACUGUACUGUAGUCAACCCACAAAAUCUUGUGAACGAAUCACAGCGAAAACGGAAGGCAGAAGAGUGCCUUCGAGAAUUUGACGAGAUGAAAUUUUUAGAAUUUGGACAAAAGGACCCUAAACGAUUUAUAAGACACCGAUACUUACCUGAAUGCAUGUGCGUAAAGCAAUCGGAUUGCGAGUUCCGCCAUGUUGUAAUGCCAUACUUUUUGACACGCACUUUACUUCCACAGACGUUAUUUUACAUAGAAUAUGCUGUCAGUCCUUUUACAAUCCUGCUCAACAUGGUCGUUAUUGUGACAAUUCUGUCAUCUCGCUCUCUGCGAACGGUACCUUCAUUUAUCUUGAUAGGCCACACGGCCGUUAUUGACUUCCUAAUAGGUGUUUACUCGAUAUGGGUGGCUCAUGUAAACAUUACGAAUAUUAAUAGCAUUCUUGAAGAAGUUAUGUGGGCAGGGAAAGAGUUGCAGCCUUCAACUGGUCCAAUCUUUAUCUCUGUACAACUGAUCUCGGUUUCUAUUUCAUUGCUUCUUACACUUGAAAGAUAUCUUGCAGUCGUUUACUGUGUGAGGCCCUCAAAGCGCAUGACAGCUAAAAGUGCUCACAUCUCGCUGUUUUUUGCUUGGACCAUGGCCAUCACUUUUGCGGUGAUGCCCAUAUUUGGUGUUGGCGGUCUACAUUACAACAUCAAACGAGCCUGCACUCCUUUGAGUUAUGAUGAGGAAUUCAAGUCAGGGUCCUCGCUGAUUCUCCUGGCUUCUCUUGUGUUCAUCGUGUUGCUAUACCUUGCAAAUCUUCCGUUGUAUGUCCAACUUUUCAGGUUUGUAAAAAAGAGCAGCAAUCAGGCUGGCGUGAAGAAAGAGUUGUCGCUUGCCAGAAAAAUCGCCAUUUUGGUUCUCACAAACUUCAUUUUCUUUGCUGUACCUAUAAUACUUAUUCUCGUGUUCUCCAUCUUUGCCAAGCUUGACAGCAACCCGUUUGACUUCGAAGGCGAUGCUUUUCAAAGCACCGUUUUCAAAAUUUCUAUUGGUCAAUGGCUCCCUGUCACGUGUCUGAACAUAAACUCCCUAUUGGACCCGUUUCUUUAUGCUUUCAAGCAUUCCCAUUUUAAGAGGGAGAUCAGGCGCAGAAUUCACCAUUUCUCCAGAAAGGUCUUUCCUUCUUGGGCGCCUUCCAUGAACUUGAACUCCGUCGGCGAUUCAGUGACCAAUGAGCCACAAACAAAGAAAAUGUCAAGAAUUGACGGCCAGCCGACCGCAAGUAACACCAAGAAUAAAACUGUCCCCGAUGACAACAAAGACCUGGAAUUCCAAGAAACAGACAAAGAGUUAUCUAAAACAAUGUAAGAGAUUAACUUCCCCGUCUGAUAGAAGACUGUUGGAGGUAAAAGCAAAAACGUUUUGGGUGAAAUAAAUACACAACUAAUAACGAGAGCUAAAAUAAAACUCUAACUGAGAUGGAAGCAUUAAAAAAUAAUAAUAGUAACACUACCACAAACACACAAAGAUAACCGCCCAUAGGAGGGCACUUCGGGUUGGGGGCAGUCUACUUAACAAAUAGUUUCAUGUUGCUGUGUGUCUGUUCAGUAAUAGAUCACAGAUGGCAUCAAAAUGAGGUAACAACAAAAAAAAAGGCACACGAGCCGUAAAGAGAGUGGGCCACUUAUUAAAGAGGCAAUGAGCCAAUCGUGCGGAAAGGUGUUUCAAAGUACAGCGACGGUUUAACUUUAAUCUCCACUUAAGGGAAAUCUUGGGUAAAAAACAGUUUUGUUCCAAAUCACAAGCUGAUGUUUGUGUUAAACUGUGUCCGCGAUUUAAAGUCGAUAAUUGUUUGCCUAUUUUCAAUGCUGGGUGUUUCGCUCAGGUUGUUUUAGGAUUUCAAAUUUCCUGCGCGGCCAUGUUUACUUUUGCAAAGCUUGAUGGAGAUUAUGACGUCAAGCACAGUUGGACGGUUUUAAAAGACAAAAUUGCGUGAAUCUUGACAUAUAAAAGUGCUUCUGAUCGUUUAUAAUCCAUGUCUGGAAUGAAUAUGCAGUUCCAACUAGAAAUCGUCCUUUGGAGACUUUAGAUUGAGAUCUCUGACCGCUCAAUGACGUCAUCAAUUACUAUAAAGUAAAGAUGACCACGCCCAGGUGAUUUAAACUGAAAAGCAAACAUUUCGUAUUCGAACCAUUCACACAAGAUCAGUUAAAGAGAACCAGGGGGAAUACUUUGGAACUUAAACUACUUUUCAGCCAAGAUUCCCUUUAAUUGUAAAGUGUCAAUAUUACAUUGCAGAUAAAUAUGUUUACAAAUAUUCAUAGAGGUUUUUUUUGCCCCGUACGUCAACAUCUCCGAGACAAUUUACGUGUGGCCACCAAACCGAACGGAAGUUCACAAUUUUGUAAUUAUUUCUUAACACCUUUUGAAUCCAAGAAUAUUUGAAGUGGGAGCUUGGGUCGAUAUCGAUCGCGCUGUAGAGCGGUUUCAAUUGACGGUAUCGUAAAACCAAAACCAAAGUAAUCACUCUAGCCAAUCACAAAGGACACAGACAAUACAGUGAACAAAUCAAGAGUGAAAGUAAUUACAAGCAGCUGAUGCAAAGGGCGGGAAACGUAUGUGAGCGAGUAAUGAUUAGUUUUACUUUUGAUUGGUGUGUUGUUUUGAGUGGCGCGAGUUUUUUCAGCCAAUCGUGUGGUGUGAUGCAAAACCAAUAACUUUUGCCGCUCGAAGGGCCCCACAGACUGGACACUUAGUUGUCGACAACUCUUUGUUAUCGACAACUAAUUGUGUUCGAUGUGAGCAUUCCACACAUUGGAGUGCAAGUCAGGUCAGCGAAACCUUGGGAGCUAACGUUCACUACGCAUGUUCAAAACACAAUACGCGCGCUCAAAUGUGUGUCAUGUUUCGAUAGAUGUCGACAACUAAACCAAUGAUUCCCAAUUCAUUUUUUACUAGUCGUUGUCCUCGGCGCGUCCUCGACGUUGCUUAAGCUCCGUAUUAAAUAGUUGUCAACAACUAAGUAUCUAGUCUGUGGAGGCCCUAACGUAGUGAUGUGUUCCUUAUUAGUUUAGACGUGAUUUGUGUUUGAUGUAAAUAACAAUUUACUCACAUUAUGGUUCAAUCAAGUGCAGGCACAUUCUUAAAUACUAUGUUAUACUUAUUUCAUUGUACCUAGAUAUUUAACAGUGUCUAUGCUUGAUGACAAUGCCUCUACCUAGGGUAAAGAUAACUCAGUGACAAGCUUGAAAAGAUUUUUUUUGUUUUCCCGAUCACUGUGAGAACUCUGUAAAUGUCACAUAAUGUAAAAUAAUGGAGAUUUGUGUGAAACCACUGUAGUUUGUGAUCAACAUCUGAGAAGCAUCGUGGCCAAUCAUUUGUAAAUAUGUAGUUAAAAAUCACUUAUUAAAACAAAAAAGAUCACGAGAACUUUGUGUUUGUUCAGCUACCGACAGGAAACUCCCCCAUACUUGAAAUUAUGUAUAUAUCGUCCACGGGCGAUAUUCUCGUCCCUUACAUAAAUCAAGGAUUUACAUUCAGCCUGGAAGUAUUGUGAAAAUAUGUUCGGGAAGAUUGAAACAGUAAUUGAAGUCGUGGCAACUACGCAUCGUGUUCCCGGUCAAUUUGAAUUUUGUGGACUCGACAAUUCGGGCCAGUUUACCUUUUUCGCCUAAAAGAAAAUACAAAACUUCUGCUAGUUCAGUCAAUAGGGUGAAAUCAAAAGUGGCAUUUCAUUGAGAGAAAACAACAAUCACAAGUGAUUAUAUCCCGAGAACCAAUCAGUGCUUUUACGGAAUUUUGGAUCGUUUCAGAGGAGAGUUGAGGGUAGUUUUCACAAGAUUGUUUGCACAUCAUAAACCUGGGAGUAUCUCUA